AUGGCUCAUUUAGCAUCGGUUCAAUUGCAAUACCAAAAAGCACUUCGCUUUUACUUGUUGACCAAAUAUACAACUGCAGCAACGGCUUGUGUGAAAGCUAUUAUACGGCUUCCCAAACAAUCGAAUGGAACCGAACAAGAGGACGUCAAUAUCAAUGAGCUCGAAGCAUUACGAUAUUCCAUUUGGACACUUUACCUCAACAUUGCGACAACAUUGUUGACACUCCAAGACAAUAAGCUCACGCCUCAUGUUACAAAGCUGUUUGGUCUGUCGCCGGCUGCAGCCAAGAGUCACGAUCAGUUUGUGCACGAGAUGUGGCAGCUGUUAACCGAAGGUUACGGUGGCCCGGGCAAUGUCGACCCACGGCUUAUAUCUUCAUGCUUGGUCAUGACAUUGAAACUGCAAGCAGUUAACGUUGGACGACAAAUCGUCGAGCAAUGGUAUGCAACAAUGUCGGAUGCUACUAUGGAUUAUAUUUCGUCGAUUGCUGCACAAGAAGGCUCGGAACCAUCCGAUGAUGUUUACUAUAACGGUUGUAUGGAGGCCAUUGAGCUCUAUGUGACACGAAUUUUACCGGCCAUGAACGACUAUGAAACCGCUCUAUCAUUCGUACAGUACAACCCGCUGUUAUCAGAGGAAAAGAAGGAGGCAUUACAAGGAUAUGUCCGUGAGAACGAACAGAAGGCAUCAAGGGAACGGCAAAAGAAGGUUGAGCAGCAAAAGAAUGCCGAGCGCUUGGCCAAGUUGGCGGAAGAGCGAGAGAGGGCGCGGUUGCAGGAAGAACGGGAACGAGCAGAAAAGGAAAUGGAAGCAGCGAAAGCGCAUGAAAUCCAAGCAAACGGUAUCGGCCACAGCCAUUCUGAGCACAAACAAGAACAGCUCGAUACUCUCUCCUCCUCGUCAUCAUCAUCAUCAUCCUUAUCGACUUCUGGCCCCCUCGCAUCAGCUACGAACGGUUCUGCAGUCUCUAAUAACGAGCGUCAAUUAUCGAGAAACUCUGCAACUACAAAUUCACGGCGUGCAUUUAGCCUGGAACAACGGAGUCCUGCUGCAUUGAAGGAAUGGGUCCGACAAUUGUUUGCUGCUGGUUCUGCCACUUCGGUGGCUACCCUGCUCAUGAUACUCGCUUUGAUUGGGCUGUUACGUGGUUUUCGAGGGCGGUGGUCUGAACCAUUAAAGAUUGCAUUGGCAAAAUUAUGGCAGACGGUUCAAAUGGGUACCAAGGUGACCUACUUGUAA